UAUGACGUCUUGGAAGUGCUCUUGGACAACAGUGGUCUGGUCUCGCAGUAUGUACAUACAGAACGUGGGAUAAUGUUUGAAAAAAAAAUACUGUGCUUAUUUGUUGGAUUUCACUGAAGUGUCAUUUAUCUUCUAUGCAUCUACACUGCACUGACUCUUAAUUAAGGCCGAGUCAUCGUAGUAUGUAGUGAAGUCGUGGAUUGGAAUGGAUGCGGAAGCCUGCCCAUGGACCAAGAGAAAGCCCCGAUUUUGGAUUUUUAAUCUCUGUUUCGUAAAAUGACCGGAUACGGAUAUGUUUUACACUAUUAAAGCUUUUCCACCCAUGUUUGAAGGCAUCCAAAAAUGCAACAGUGCUUACAUUGGUACGCACACGCCCUGAACAUGUCAGCUGCUCAAGACAUGUCUGGUUUGUUUGCAUAUUUGUCAAACACUCUGAGUCUACAUCCUUGUUCUCAGAAGCUAAGACACAUUUCGUUCAGGAGGAUUGCACGCCGGCUUUACAUACUUAAACCUACCCUAACUUAAAAGGAUAAUAGCUGAGGCCUCUUCAAUGAAGAAAUUGACUGAGAUGAUGCAGCCCAUAUUUCUCGUCAGUUGCAUUGGAAAUUAAGCAAUGGGUGGGUCGGUGUCCUGCUGCAUUUCUCCAAGAGAGAGUCCCAAGCGUCUCAGGAGACAGCUGGACCUUGAGGACUGUCCUAUCACCGCAGAUGUGAGUGAGGAAACUGCGACCUGCCUGCAACACAUCAGUGACAGAGAGCUCCCAGAUGAGCUGGCCCAAGAGGCCAACCCAUCGGAUCACCCCAGAACCACAACCCUGUUCCUUAACAAAUCUCAGACAGAUGUGCGAGAAAAAAGGAAAAGCAACAACAUCAACAAUAUGUCCCCUGGCCUUCUGAUGAGGAAGUACAGCUCCUGCUCGACAAUCUUCCUAGAUGACAGCACAGUCAGCCAGCCCAACCUCAAGAACACCAUCAAAUGUGUGGCCUUGGCUAUUUACUAUCACAUAAAAAACAGGGAUUCCAGUCGCUCGCUGGACAUAUUUGAUGAGCAGAAACACCCACUGUCGCGUGAGAAAGUUGCCGACGACUACUCUGCAGUGAACCCCGAGAACAGGCUCAUUUACCGCUUCAUACGCACGCUGUUCAGCUCUGCACAGCUUACUGCCGAGUGCGCCAUUGUGACACUGGUGUACUUGGAGAGGCUUCUAACUUAUGCAGAGAUGGACAUCUGUCCUUCCAACUGGAAGCGCAUUGUUUUAGGUGCCAUCCUGCUGGCCUCUAAAGUCUGGGAUGACCAGGCAGUAUGGAAUGUCGACUACUGCCAGAUCCUCAAAGACAUCACUGUGGAGGACAUGAAUGAGAUGGAGCGUCACUUCCUUGAGUUGCUCCAGUUCAACAUUAACGUCCCGGCCAGCGUCUACGCCAAAUACUACUUUGACUUGCGCUCACUCGCUGAUGACAAUAACGUUGGCUCCCUUCUGGAGCCGCUCAGCAACAAGCGAGCCCAAAAAUUGGAGGCCAUCUCCAGGCUGUGUGAGGACCAGUAUAAGAACGUGAGCAAAUCCUGUUUGCGGAGAUCCGUCAGUGCAGACAACUUUGUUCAUGUCAAGAACACAAAAGCAAUAUUGUCCUAAUUUGAAACCUGCAAGGAAGUGAAGUAAUGAUGGGCUCCAAUCCCAUACGUUUGAAUUGGAGCCUAAAUACUUCGCAGACUGACAUUUCAAAGUGUCUUCACAAAUAUUUGGAUGCUACCCUGUGGUGGUGUUUCUUUCACGGAGACAAAAGUAAAUUUUGCUUUGCUUACUAUGUAGGCUAUUUUGGCUGAAAUGUAACAGACUUUAUUCAACUAAAAUAAAAUUAAGUGCAGCA